AUGGGAAGUGUUUCAGAAAAUGAACCUGAUAACAUAAGUGAAUAUGUGGAUAUACUCACAUUCUGUGGUCUUGUCCUGAGUUAUUCUUCAGUGUGGAACUUUCCAGCAGAAACUAUGGCUAAUGGCGGUGCUUUCUUCGUAAUUAUUUAUUUAUUGGCGACUUUCACAUGUCUUUUUCCAAUACUUCAUUUGGAAUUAUUUGUAGGGCAACGCCACCAAAGUGGCGUGUGCAGAGUGUAUCGAAGUUAUGGCAGAGCCUAUGAAGGCUUUGGGGCAGCGGUCUGCAUUUUGACAUUCUUGACAUCACAGUAUAGCAUGAUGGACUCUUACGCGACUGUUGUUCAUUUUGGGAUCCUAUCAUUUCAUAAUGAACCUAAGGACCUCGUAAGCUGCUCUAGUAAAAGAUACUCAGGUGCUACAAGUUGUGUUUCUCUGCUUGAACAUACCGAGUGCCAGCGGAGUGUGGAGAUCGUCAGCGGCCGCAGACUGACGUCGCACUACUACACAUAUGACUACAGAAGCGAGCUCUGUACAGAUGUCCGAUAUGGAGACUACAGUCCUUACAAUGUUUCGCUCUACCAGCACAAGUCACGCUUCUUUGACUCAGUAUCGGAAAUCUACCUCAAAUUCAUCAGGGAAGGCAACAGUAGGAAUAUUUAUGUGCAGCGGCUUUGGAUUUAUUUGCCACUCUUCUGCAUGUUUGCAAUUCUUUGUCUCCUUAGAGUAACAGAUGUUCGUCGACUAAUCGCUGUAAUUUAUGUAAUGUUUGCGGUCAGUUUUAUAUCAAGUGUUGUGGCAUUUGUUACACUGACCGAAUUUGGCACUGUGACAAGCAUUUUAUGGUCUGCCAGCACGCCAGAGUCUUUGCUCAUAUUAAAAACUUAUGCGCGAGCAGUGCGUUUGGCUUUCAACAGCGGAGGCUUAGCAGUCUGCGGAGUGAUGUCAGCAGCCUCGUUCAGAAGCAAAUCCAAAAAUUCAUACCGGCUUGCCACAAUCAUGGUAUUCAGCAAUAUUGCUACUAGCUUUUUGAGCUUGCUGGCAACACUCAGUAUCUGUGGAACUUUGGCUGAUAACUCAUAUCAAAGAACGUUCUCACCACGAAGAAAUCCCAAUAUAUUCGUCAUCGGCAUGGUAACCGAAGCUGUUAUAACAAAGACCAACAACACCUUCUGGGUGGUGGUGUUCACAUUUGCAUAUUUAAUCACGAAAAUAACGCCUUUCUUCGCUCCGAUUAUGGUGGCCGCUGCUAUAACUCGUGAUUUAUGCUACAGUAGCCACCGUUGGUCGAGACGAGUCGGAGUGAUGGGAUCAGUAUGCAUUAUUGGAUUUGUAGUUUCAGUUUUUAGAAGUAUCGUGCCAGCUAAAGUAUACGUUAAUCAGCUUCUUCCUGAUGUGCAGUCAACGUAUGAAGUUGUUAUUCCCAUAGCCAUGCUCGUUAUAUUUAUCGUCAUUUACGGCAGGUUUUUCUCACGACAAGUGACAAACUCAGUAGUUAUUACUAAGUAUAUUUCUUUCGUCUACAAAAAUUUGAUAAAUAGGUGA